AUCAUCAAUCCGAAAAAAACAGAGUUCCUCUGGAAUUCCGUAUAAACCCUAAUUUCUGCAGCCGAGGGCUGAGAUCACCGUACCCGAACAAGACGAAGAGGAGGAGGUAGAGGAAUCAACACCGCAUCAAGAGGGAUAAUUUUUUUUUGGUAUAAAGUCUUGCGUUGAAUAUGGGGAAGAAGAAGAAGAAAGUGUCGUCAAAGGUGUGGUGCUACUAUUGCGACCGAGAGUUCGACGACGAGAAGAUUCUUGUGCAGCACCAGAAGGCGAAGCACUUCAAGUGUCACGUCUGUCACAAGAAGCUCUCCACAGCUGGUGGUAUGGUCAUCCAUGUCCUCCAGGUGCACAAGGAGAACGUCACCAAGGUGCCAAAUGCAAAACAAGGCCGAGAAUCAACUGAUAUUGAAAUAUAUGGAAUGCAAGGAAUCCCUCCUGAUGUAUUGGCUGCUCACUAUGGAGAAGAAGAGGAAGAGACCCCAUCAAAAGCAGCCAAAGUGGAUGUUACAUCUACUCCGCUUGUAGGUGGUAUGGUACCACGACCUCUUGGUGUUGGAUAUCCUCCUCAAUCAAGUUUAGCUUCAGUCCCUCCCAUAUACAAUCCUGCUGUGCCAGUUCCACCAGCUGGUUGGCCAGUACCUCCUCGUCCUCAGCCGUGGUUUCCACAGCAUCCAGCAGUCUCAGUUCCUCCUGCACCUAUAGGAUAUGCACAGCAGCCGUUAUUUCCUGUUCAAAGUGUCAGGCCUCCUAUGCCAGUGUCAUCAACAACAUCCCCUGCACUGCAACCUUCACAAAUUGCUCCUCCUGGAUUGCCUGCAUCAACCCCUCCUGGUUCUGUACCUCAGCCUCUAUUCCCUGUUGUCAGUAACAAUGUACCAACCCAUAGCUUGCCAUUCUCUGCUCCGUUUCCAACAAGUAUUCCACCAAGCUCCUCUGCAGAAGUUAAAAGCACGAGUGAUGCACAGUCAGGUGUUAAUGCAGCUAUGACAAGUACCUAUCAAGCCGCAACCACUCCUGGUGGAGUAGUAGCUAAUUCACAUUCUUAUGCCUCUGGUCCAAAUACUGGUGGUCCAUCAAUUGGGCCACCUCCUGUAAUUGCAAACAAAGCUCCAACUACCCAGCCAGCAGUCAAUGAGGUCUAUUUAGUUUGGGAUGAUGAGGCAAUGUCCAUGGAAGAGAGAAGAAUGUGCUUUCCAAAGUAUCAGGUGCAUGAUGAAACUAGCCAGGUAAGUCAUAACUACCCCCUUGAUAUUUGGAGUUGCUUUGUGCAUCUAACCAGAUGGGCAGGCUUUAUGUUUCAUAAUUUCAGAUUUGGUUAUUUACGCUUGUUACCUAUUUAAUGAGGUAUUUCGAUUUCAAUUCUGUUUUACUUUAUCCUAUUAAAAGAAGCCUGAAUGCAAAGAACUUGUGAACACUGUAUACUAGAACUUUUUUGUUUUUUCUGCAUCUUAUCAUUGAACAUCAUUAUUUUAAUAGUAAUUUUAAAUCAAGCAAAGCCUCCAACUAUGUGGCUAUCAAAGGGCUCAAGUAGGUAGUUACAUUUUAUUUUCAUUGUUGGUAAAUUACAAUUUUGACAAGCCUGCCGCAAUCACUCAAGGGUUCUCCAAUCUAGGAUUGUCCUCAGUUAAGAACAGAGUAUGUAUAUGAUCUUUUAAAAUCUGGAUUUAUUCAUUACCAUUCAUUCUCCCUUUGCUUGAUUUUGGAGUGUGGGGGUUUGGGUGGAACAAGAUGAUACCCAACAGAUUUUUGCCCACUCAUAGCUUGAUUACAAUGUAUUUUAAUGAUCGUCAAUUCAGACUUGGCCCAGGUCAGCUUCUUUCACAAAGUUUGAUCUCUUGAAUAGGACCAAACUUUAAUGUAUCUGGUACUGGUUUGGCCAACCGAUUGGUGGCUGUGGUUCCUGUCUGAUCAAUUUCUUAUGUCUUUUAUUGUCAGAUGAGCUCUAUUGAUGCUGCCAUAGAUAGAAGGAUAUCAGAAAGCAGGCUUGCUGGUCGAAUGGCAUUUUAGAUCAACUGGUCCUCCCCGGAGAUUUACUUCCAUGCAUUUUUCCUUUUAUUUGGCUGAGUUGAAGUGUGCAGAGGAGCUGUCAAGAUACCAUCCUUGAUUCCAUGUGAAGUUUUGGGGUACAUGAACCAAAUCGGAUGUAACCAUGUUCUAUUCUUUUCUGUAAAGUGGGGCAGAAGAAGAUUCUUUUAACCUUAUUUUCCCCUCUUUAAUUAAGGAGAAAAAGGAGUUGCAAAAUGCAUAACUUUGUGUAAAAUUUUUCUAAUUUUAAAGGAUUUUGUGGUAAACCACCACCUAGGAUGUGAUUUUGAUCAU